GAGUGAGUGUCAGUCAGUCAGGGACAGUGAGACGCAGAGAUCUGGAUCAACCCCUCCAUCCAUUCAGCCUCAAACUACUGACAAGAGCUUCGUGACAGCACAGGACAGACCGAGCCCCAAACCAUCAGGGCUGGCAGCUGAGCAGAGCAGUUGUUUCCUCCUCACACGUUCUUCAUUUCGGAACCAGACCAUCAUCAGCCCAAGAAGCUGGAGGAAAAAAAACAAUGUGUUCCUUCGCCUUUCCUCAAGAAAAGUUGUGAAUGGAUGUUGUCCGGUUGGAAGGAUGGCUUUAGGAAUUCCUUCUCAGGGAAAAGUUAGCAUCACGGUGGAUGAAUACAGCUCCAACCCAACUCAAGCUUUCACACAUUAUAAUAUCAAUCAGAGUCGUUUCCAGCCUCCACAUGUGCAUAUGGUUGACCCUGUACCAUAUGACACGCCGAAACCUGCAGGCCACACACGAUUUGUCUGUGUCUCGGAUACACACUCCCGAACAGAUGGCAUUCAGAUGCCUUAUGGGGACAUACUGCUUCACACAGGCGAUUUCACAGAGCUGGGACUACCCACAGAGGUUAAGAAGUUCAACGAUUGGUUAGGAAACCUUCCCUAUGAAUAUAAAAUAGUCAUCGCUGGAAACCAUGAGCUGACGUUUGAUAAGGACUUCAUUGCGGAUCUAGUUAAGCAGGACUACUACCGCUUUCCAUCCGUCUCCAAGUUGAAGCCAGAGGACUUUGACAAUGUUCAAUCACUCCUGGCCAAUUGCAUAUACCUGCAAGACUCCGAGGUGACGGUGAAAGGAUUUCGGAUAUACGGCACGCCCUGGACACCGUGGUUUAACGGCUGGGGCUUUAACCUGCCCAGAGGCCAGUCUCUGCUGGACAAAUGGGAUCUAAUCCCAGAGGGCAUCGAUAUCCUCAUGACUCACGGGCCACCAUUAGGUUUUCGAGACUGGGUGCCAAAAGAGUUGCAAAGAGUUGGGUGUGUUGAACUUCUAAACACAGUACAGAGACGGGUGCGACCAAAGCUACAUGUCUUCGGUGGAAUCCAUGAAGGUUACGGUAUUAUGACAGAUGGCUACACAACAUACAUAAACUCCUCCACUUGUACAGUCAGCUUCCAGCCCGUGAAUCCACCCAUUAUAUUUGACCUUCCAAACCCACAAGGAUCAUGAAAGAAUCCACUGCACGCAGGCGCAGGAGGUGCUAUAAACUGCCAAUUUUUUUUCUAAACAGAAAGCGUAAAAAAAGGAAAAUUCUAUUAAAUGUUUCUCUUGUA